AUGGCAGCUAGUGACUUGGUCGAAGACAGCAUUGAUCGAGAUCGUAUUGUUGAUGAUCAUCUUGUGUCUGAUGAUUAUUUUUGUCCCGUUUGUUAUUGUCUCUUGUGGAAACCGCGUUCAUGUGCUUCGUGCAAAAAUCUUUUCUGUGAAAAAUGUAUUCAUGCAUGGCUCGCAGGAAGUACGGGCAAUCCUCGAUGUCCAUAUCGAUGUAAAUCAUACAAAUAUGAACAGUGUCCACCACAUAUCUACGCAUCGUUGACUCGUAUCAAUGUUCGUUGUCGAAAUUCGGCAUUAGGCUGUACACAAAUUUUACCCUACGAUCAACUUGAACAACAUGAAACAAUUGAAUGUCAAUAUCUAUCUCGACGAUGUUCCGAAUGUGAUAAAUUAAUACUUCAAAUCGAAUUCGAGGAACAUCGUCAAUAUCCAGGAUUGUGUCUUCCUUGUCCGAUAAGAUGUACAAUUUGCCAAGUCUCUGUAGAAAAACCUCGAUUUCGAAAACAUUUUGAUGAUUGUUAUAAAGAAAAAAUGAAUAAACUAUGGGAAGAAGCUAUUCAACGCCGUUUCGAACAGGAAUUGUUGCAUGAUCAACGAAGAGAAUAUAUUGAUAAUUGGGUAUUUGUCGGAAAUUUGAUUCGUACAACAAAUUUAUUUGAGCAACAACGUCAGAUGUCACGAUUACCAACAAACUUACUCGGAGUUGAUUCAAUUUAUGUUAGCGAAUUAUUCUAA